GUGAACCUAUAAGGCGUUUAUGCGCAUGCGUAAAACCCUCUUUUACCGUGGGCAUAAUGGCGGGUGAAACAGAGAAGAAGGAGACCAAAGAGGCGAAGCCGAAGAAGGAGGCAAAGCCGAAGAAGGAGGCAAAGCUGAAGAAAGAGGCAAAGCCGAAGAGGGAGGCAAAGCCGAAGAAAGGGCUGAAGCCGAAGAGGGAGGUGAAGCCGAAGAAAGAGAGAAAGGAGAAGAAAGAAACGAAGGAGAAGAAACUUCCGUCAGUCCCCGAAGGCCUCUUAAAGAAGAGGAAGCGCUAUGCUGCUGUCAAGGCGGCUCGGGUCAAGGCUCUGCGGGUCGAGAAGAAGAACCGCAGGAUGACCCGGUACCUGAUCUACUCCAGAGCAAAGUUUUACCAUAAAGAGUACCGGCAGAUGUACAGGCAGGAGAUCCGAAUGAACCGCAUGGCUCGCAAAGCUGGAAACUUCUACGUCCCUGCUGAACCCAAACUGGCCUUUGUUAUCCGGAUCAGAGGUAUCAAUGGUGUGAGCCCUAAAGUGCGCAAGGUUCUGCAGCUGCUGCGUCUGCGUCAGAUCUUUAAUGGUGUCUUCGUCAAGCUCAACAAGGCCUCUAUCAACAUGCUGCGCAUCGCCGAGCCCUACAUCGCCUGGGGGUACCCCAACCUGAAGUCUGUGCGUGAGCUCAUCUAUAAGCGCGGAUACGGCAAGAUCAGAAAGCAGCGCAUUCCUCUGACGGACAACUCGCUCAUCGAGAAAAGCCUUGGCUCCUAUGGAAUCAUCUGUAUGGAAGAUCUGAUCCAUGAGAUCUACACCGUCGGCAGGAACUUCAAAGCCGCCAAUAACUUCCUGUGGCCUUUCAAGAUGUCGUCUCCCCGCGGUGGCAUGAACAAGAAGACCACGCACUUUGUGGAGGGAGGAGACGCCGGGAACCGAGAGGACCUGAUCAACCGACUCAUCAGGAGGAUGAACUAAAGGCUGAGCAGGUCUACUGGAACAUCUUUUGACUUUAUGGAAAAUAAAUGUUUAAUACAAA